UGCCUUUCUUCCUUCCCUCCAUCCGCCAUGUCGACGAACGGGACAACAACAACUCCGACUCUCCCUCCUUCAUUGGAUCUUCCUCCUCAUCUGUCUGCACAAAAGUAUUUCUUCGUCUGCACACUCACUGUCUUGGCUUGGGAUGCCCUCGUUCUCACUCCCAGGUCGUACAGGCUGGGACGUCUGCCAAAAUGGCCAGCUCUGAAGUUCAUGUAUUACUUUAUGCAAUUUUGGGUCCUAGCAGAUUUUGUUGUAACAGGCGUGAUGUUCUUUAGUACGACAGUCAUACAAGACACAGACUGCGUCGCUUUCUGGCCUUACGAGCCAAUUUGUACGGCAAUUCUCCUUGCUGUUGCAUCCGCUGUACAUGUCAUGCGCAUAUCGGCUAUCUACGACCACGUCCAAAAUGUUCGCGCAACCAUGUGGGGAUUGUACGCUGUCCAGAUUGUUGUCACUGCCAUUUGCUGCGGCUUCUACCGCUCUGUCCAUCUAGAAGAUGGCCAAGGAUGCAUUGCUGGUCCCUUGAACAACGCAAGCUGGGUUGGAAUUUACUGGCUAGCUCCAACCUUGCUAUACGGUACCAGCUUCGUCUUCGCUGCUCUACGCAGCAUUAAAACGCUCGAAACCAGGCGUGUAUCUUACUGGCGUCUCAUGCUUCGUGAUGGCUUGAACCUGUACGGUGCCAUUCUCCUCGUAAACCUCGUCAACGUCUUCUUCUACUUCAUUAUGACACCCACGGACCCAACCGACCCUAUCAAAACAAUUGUUACCAGCAUGGCAGCUGUUCUUACAACAACAAUGUCUAUGCGCAUCAUCCUCUCUGUUAGAGGGGACCUUGCCAACGGUGGCACGUUCUCUAUCUCUUCCCACGCUGCAUCGUCAUCAGGAGCCAAUACCAACUCGCUGUCUGGUUCAGGGACUAGACCAAGAGGCGGUAACCACACAUUCACCCUCGGUGAUAUGCGUGAUGCCACCGUCGCCGUGGCCGGUCGUAAAGAGGGAGGGGAGUGGGAUGCUGACAAAGGCAGUGCGGUACUUCCAAUUAUUGUGGAAGACGCUGAUAAUGGUAUUCCCCGUGCGCGUAAUGGGUUGGGCGUGCAAAUCACGGUUGACCAUCAAGUCGAGUAUGAUGAUGGAUUUCCCACAAGGAAGUAGUAUUCGGAAUCUGAAGGCGCAGGCGCGCUUGCUGUCAAUACAUGCGGAGUGAUAACGAUAUCUAUUUGGGACUCGUGACCCGUUGUCUAUCACGUUGACAUGUUAUUUCCUGCCCUUUUAUAUUUUUUUUGGUUUCGCUCGUAUUUAUACCGCCUGUUUACUCACAGUAUUCCCAACGUAUCCCACGCGAUGCCGCUAUUGCCAAGAGUUUCAUCGUCACAUUGUAUACCAGUUGUACUGCUUGAAUAAAAAUUAACAAUUAGCGCUGCCACAAACCAUCUGACCGCCAUGGAUGGAACGGGGAGCUGCGUUGAUCAAGA